GAAACAUAUCAUCCUCUUUAAAAAAUGGCCAAAAAUACUUCUCUUUAUUUUCGUAUUGUAGAGGGCAGAAACCUGUCAGCAAAAGACGUAUCGGGGACCAGUGACCCAUACUGCAUUGUGAAAGUUGACAAUGAAGUUGUGGCCAGGACAGCAACCGUGUGGAAGAACCUCAACCCUUUCUGGGGUGAAGAAUACACCCUCCACCUGCCUAUGGGGUUCCACACGCUGUCCUUCUACGUCAUGGAUGAAGAUACGAUUGGCCACGAUGAUGUCAUUGGGAAGCUAUCUCUCAGCAAAGAGGCCAUCGGAUCCCAAGCUAAAGGCCUUGACAGCUGGAUGAACCUGAUUAGGGUGGAUCCUGAUGAGGAGGUGCAGGGAGAGAUUCAUCUGGGUCUAGAGCUGCUGAAGGAUGCCCAGAGGAUUGGCCUGCGUUGUCACUUUAUAGAGGCCAGAGACCUGGCUCCACGGGAUAUCUCUGGCACCUCUGACCCCUUUGCCAGAAUCCUCUUCAACAACCACAGUGCGGAGACCUCUAUCAUCAAGAAGACCCGGUUCCCACACUGGGGGGAGACUCUGGAGUUGGAGCUGGAGAUGGAGGAGCUGACUGAAGGAGGGAUCGUCACUCUGGAAGUCUGGGACUGGGACAUGGUGGGGAAGAAUGACUUCCUGGGCAAGGUGGAAAUCCCUUUUGCGUGUCUGCUUAAAACACCUUUGCUGCAGGGUUGGUUUCGCCUGCUACCCCUGGGAAACGACGACGACGACGCUGGAGGCAAGCUGGGUGCUCUGCGUCUGAAGGUUCGCCUGGUGGAGGACAGGAUCCUGCCCUCCCUGUACUACCAGCCUCUGCUGGACCUGCUGGUGGAGUCAGUCAUCUCCCCUGCGGAGGUGGAGGACCACAGUCCUCUGACCAUGCUGGAGGAAGUGACCACGGUGGAGAGCAGGCAGGAUGUGGCCAUGACUCUGGUAAAGAUCUACCUGGGCCAGGGGCUGGUGGUGCCCUUCCUGGACUACCUCAACAUUCGCGAGGUCAACCACACCUCGGAUCCAAACACCCUGUUUCGCUCAAACUCCCUGGCGUCCAAAGCCAUGGAGCAGUUUAUGAAGGGUGUGGGGAUGCUGUACCUGCACGAGGUCUUGAAGCCCAUCAUCAACCGCAUCUUCGACGACAAGAAGUACAUCGAACUGGACCCGUGUAAGAUCGACCUAAACAGAACCAGGCGGAUCUCCUUCAAAGGGGCGGUGUCGGAGGCGGAGGUGCGCGAGAGCAGCGUGGAGAUGCUGCAGGGUUACCUGGCCAACAUCGUCGAGUCCAUUGUCAGCUCCGUGGCUCAGUGCCCUCCGGUCAUGAGGGUGGCCUUCAAGCAGCUCCACAAGAGGGUGGAGGAGCAGUUCCCCGAACCCCAGAACGAGGAUGUGAAGUAUCUGGCCAUUAGCGGCUUCUUCUUCCUGCGUUUCUUUGCCCCCGCCAUUCUCACGCCGAAACUCUUCCACCUGAGGGACCAACACGCGGACACUCGCACCAGCAGGACACUCUUACUGUUGGCCAAGGCUGUGCAGAGUGUGGGGAACCUGGGCCUCCAGCUGGGUCACGGCAAGGAGCAGUGGAUGGCUCCCCUCCAUCCCAUCAUCCUUUGCAGCGUGGCCUCGGUGAAAGACUUCCUGGACAAGCUCAUCGACAUCGACCACGACAGCGUGUCCGAGGUUCCCCAGAGAGCCGUGUUCCUGCCCUCGGUCACGGUGAAGGAGGGCUUCCUCCAGAAGCACAAGGCCGAGGGCCCUCAGCUCCUCUCCCGCUUCGCCUUCAAGAAACGCUACUUCUGGCUGACCAGCGAGACCCUGUCCUACGCCAAGACUCCCGACUGGCAGGUGCGAUCCUCCAUCGCCAUCCAACGCGUGGUUGCCGUGGAGAGGGUGGACGAGAACGCCUUCCAGCAACAGAACGUGAUGCAGGUCGUCACCCAGGACAACGACGGGCAGCUGCACCCCAUGUACAUCCAGUGCAAGAACGUGAAUGAGCUGAACCAGUGGCUGUCGGCCAUCAGGAAGGCCAGCAUCUACAACAAGCGCAUGCUGCCCUCCUUCCACCCGGGGGCGCACCGCAGCGGCAAGUGGACCUGCUGCCUCCAGACAGACCGGGCCGCUUUAGGUUGCAGUCGCACCCAUUCUGCUGUGACUCUGGGGGACUGGAGCGACCCUCUGGACCCGGAUGCGGAGGCCCAGACCAUCUACAAACAGCUGCUACAGGGCCGAGAUAAGCUCAGUAAACAGUACCUUGAGAUGCCGGCCAGCCAGGCCCCGCUAGAGGAGGAUGGAGCAGAGUGCAGUGGGCUGGUCCUCAGGCCCAGCCAGGCUGCUGCUGCCAGGCUGCUGGGGGUGAUCCUGGACCUGGAGCAGACCCAUACCACCUUCCAGUGCCGGGAGAAGGAGGAGGACACUAGCCUAAUCCUGACCCCCUGAAGCGGGGAGGCCCCUGGAGCCAGCCUUGGGGGGCUACAGCCUGGGCACCAUCCCACCCCAGCCUCAGGGGAGGUCGGGUAAAGGAGUGUCGGGGACCCCAGAAGGCCAAAGGGACCCCAGAAGGCCUCCUUGACUGCUCCACCCCUGCCAUGCUUUCAGCAUGAAUGACCUCCUCCAGAGAUGAAUUCUUUAUGAACGUCAGACAGUGGCUACAUGCCCUAACA